AUGGACGACAAUACUGCGCACAUGACUUCCUUCGUCCUCUUUCCCGUACAAACCAUAGUAGCUUGCAACUACAUCCUCCACACCGUCAACCACGCCAUUCUUGAGGGUGUCGGCCGAGGAGACACAGCAGAAGUUGGCGAUGAACUCGCAUUGGGCAAGAGUUUGUUUGAACAAGUGCAGACAUGGCCAGUCAUACAGAAGGAGCACUCGAGGUGCCACGAGUGUAUCAGCGCAAAAAUUGAGCUUGCAUCAUUUUGGCUGAAGCGGUCCCCGUUAUUCGAUGCCAAGAAGGUCGUAAUUCUUGAGCAGUAUCUGGUGAAGCAGCCCGGUUUCUUCGCCAGCGGCUUCAAGGUCAACAACGACGGUCUCCUCCUGGGUCGAGACUCGAUCCUUCUCAAGCAGUAUUUAAUCACUGAGAAGUUGUACUCGCAAGACUGCGAGUAUUGUCUCAGCGACGUCUACAUGCUCCAAUAUCGCAGGUUCUUGACCGAACUGCUCUGGGCGCGAGAAGACCCGGCGAGGAGGAUGUUCGCGCUGGGAUUCAAGGGUCUAUGGCAAGAACAUUCCGUCCAAACCUGCGACAAGGAUAUCUCACAGCAGCUCGAGGGCUUGGACAUCACCGACGACGCUUCCACUAUCGGCAUCCAAACCCCAUCGACCACUCGCCCUAACUCUCCAGCCCUGACUGAGCGCCCAGUCGACACCACCAACGGCGAGUCCUCCGAACUUGGAACUCCUCUGGCACCCAUGCUCAACUACAUCGCCGUUAUCAAGACUGCCACCGACGAAGCCAUCUUCAGCCUCGACAUCUCUGACGUCAAUGAGAAGAAGCGCAGGGUUAUGAGCAGCGCGCAGGACAUGUGCACCGAGAUGGUCUCCAAGGGCUAUGAAGGCAAGGUCAAGUUGCAGGACAUCAUGGACAUGGCGGUGAAGAUGGCGAAGAAAUGA